AGCUGCCUUGCAAAAAUAGYUAUAUAUUUUUCCUCAUUUUUUUCCCCUCAUUUUUCUUCAAAGAUUACCCUUAGUUACAGCGUUGAUGAAUUGUGAAGCUGUUUGUGCUUCCUGUUGUGUUGGAGCCAACAUUUGUUUACAAGUAUGGGUUGAAUCUGCAUACAUUUGAAUAAAAAUGAGGCAGUAAAUUGACUUUUUAGACAAACGGGAAUUUAAACCGAUGGGGAUUUACGUUGCAAUAAAAUUUGCAACAAGCGGACMAGCUUUGAUGAAUGCAUACAGGCUGUUCAUGUCAGGAUUUCUUUGUUGUACUUUGUGCUUUAACUGCUGUUGUGUUCAACUCCCAACUGGAGUCUGUAUAAGCUCAGCCCAGUUAUCAGAUCUUUUCUUUUUAUUAUUAGCUGCACAUUUACAGAUGGCCUGCUUGUUUUUCCUGUGUUGAAUCUGUCCAAGAAACUCUGGCAGUGGACGCAGCAUCGUUUCACUACUUGUUAAAAAAAAAAAAUCAUUUCGGGUUUAUUUGUUCUGUGCUUCGGCUUUAAUGUGGCUUUCUUUCUGGGUUYGAGUAUAUCUGACACAACGUUUUUAGAAAUAGCUGCUCAAAAGUAUUUCUAACCCCUUUAUGAACUGGCACCCCAGCCCAAUAAAUGAAAAAUAAAACUUUAAGGCCUCAGCUUGUUUUGGUAGAAGUGUUUCCUGAUCGGACCCAGCUCAGGAUGCCUGUUUGUCAGACCUGUGUGUGGUGAGGCGAUGGUUCGUGGGCAUCCUGUUUCCCCUCAGUCUCCUCCUGCUAUGUGAUAGCCAGAGUUUUAUUCCCAGCCAGCAGACGUGCUGCCUCCCCUGCCAAGCAGCCAGAGCAGUGAGGACAGCAGCCAGGUGAAACAGUGCCCUGCUAUCUGCAGCCGRGUUCAACUGGGGUUUAAUGGACAGCAUGUAGAGCUUUCAGGGGAGGAAAGGCAGGACUCUUAAAGAUAACUGAUUCAAAUUACCUUUAGAUUGUUCUUGAGAUAUACAGAAAUGCUCCAGAUGAUCCAAGUUAUCUGUUGGACAGUGCUGCUUCCUGAAGUGGUUCACUGUGCGCAGGGUCACUUUGCCCAAAAGCUCCUGAAUGAUCUGAUGGAGAACUACUCCAGCGCCCUCCGGCCUGUGGAGGACACAGACCAACCUCUCAACGUCACCUUAAAGAUCACCCUCUCUCAAAUCAAAGACAUGGAUGAGAGGAACCAGGUUCUGAUCGCCUACCUGUGGAUUAGGCAGACCUGGCAUGAUGCGUACCUCAGGUGGAACAAAGAAGACUACGAUGGUCUGGAUGUCAUCCACAUUCCCAGCAGCCUGGUGUGGAGGCCUGAUCUUGUCCUCUAUAACAAAGCCGAUGAUGACUUCUCAGGACCGAUGGACACCAACGUAAGGCUGCACUACAAUGGAGAGAUAACUUGGGAUGCGCCUGCCAUCACUAAGAGCUCCUGUGAGGUGGAUGUCUCCUACUUCCCAUUCGAUAGCCAGGAGUGUAACCUCACAUUUGGUUCGUGGACCUACAAUGGCAACCAGGUAGACAUCAUUAUGGGCAUGGACAGCGGUGACCUGUCAGACUUUGUGAAAAACGUGGAGUGGGAGUGCCACGGGAUGCCGGCGUCUAAAAACGUCAUAAUGUACGGCUGCUGCCCCGAUCCGUACCCAGACAUCACCUACACGGUGCUCCUACAGCGCCGCUCCUCUUUUUACAUCUUCAACCUCCUCCUGCCCUGCUUCCUGAUCUCCUUCUUGGCUCCUCUGGGUUUCUACCUGCCUGCCGACUCUGGGGAGAAGGUUUCCCUCGGGGUGACKGUUCUCCUGGCCCUUACUGUGUUCCAGCUAAUGGUGGCUGAGAGCAUGCCGCCUUCAGAGAGUGUGCCGCUUAUAGGGAAGUAUUAUAUAGCCACCAUGACCAUGGUCACAGCCUCCACAGCUCUCACCAUCUUCAUCAUGAACAUCCACUUCUGUGGCGCAGAGGCCAAACCGGUUCCACACUGGGCCAAAGUGCUCAUCAUCGACUACAUGUCCAAGAUUUUCUUUGUGUAUGAAGUGGGAGAGAACUGUGCUUCUGGUUCUUCUUCUUCUUCUUCUUCCAGCUUCCUCCAGGAGGAUGCCGUUCACCAAAAAGCCAACUCCCAUGUUCAUGUGAAUGGAAAACCCAGAGGCCACAGCAGCCAAGAGCACCAUCAGAACCACAAACAACACAGAGUGAARGUCCACCACCACAUCACAAGAGAGGAGAGCAGCCAGCUGAACAGCUUUGCACCUGGAAACUAUGAAGYCUCUAAUGGGAGAAUCCCACUGAGUGACUUCUGCUCAGAAGAUCAGAAAGUUCAUCCCGUGGACCAGACGCCUUUUUGCUGCUCCGAGGACACGAAACCCCCACCUCAGGGCCCCACCGUAACCUUUGGCCCCUGCGUAUUCUGUAGCUUUGUCAGUGGAAUUCCAAACGUGGACACAAAACUGGUACGCAACGUGGAGUAUAUUGCUAACUGUUUCCGCGAGCAAAGGGCCACGUGUGCCAAGGGGGCUGAAUGGAAGAAGAUAGCCAAGGUGAUGGACAGAUUCUUCAUGUGGAUUUUCUUCGUCAUGGUUUUCCUCAUGAGCAUUCUCGUCAUUGGCAAGGCUAAGUGAGCAAAAAGUAAGGCUGCACAUAUUUUUCAUCUAGAACAGUGAUUUUGAUCAAAUACAAAACAUCAAAAAGACAAAUGUAUUUUAUAAACAUAUGUGGUUGUAAACAUAUAUGAGCAUUGUGGCUUUUCUUCGUUAAUCACGGUGCUUUGUUGAUAAGUAUGGAUAGAAAAUAAAA